AUGUCAACCAAAUUGCAUCCUACUUUCCCAGAUACUUCUAUUCAUGAAGCAUUACCUUCUAACGUGACACCGUUGCACUAUGAAGUGCAUCUUUUGGAUUUGAAUGUUAAGAAGAACACCUUUAGUGGUCUCGUCAACAUUCAAUUUGCUGUCAAUUCUGCCACAGAUUGCAUAACACUUCACCAGAAAUUCUUGAACUUUCAGUCUGCCAAUGCCGUUUCAAGCGUUACUAAAACUGAGACAGACGUUCCUGUAUCUGCCAUCACUAAACAUGACGACAGAGAGACAGUCGAAUUCAAAUUGAACACAGGUGCACCAAUCAGCAAGGGUCACAUUGGCUUAAAGAUUCAUUAUACUGGUCAAAUAAGGACUGAUAUGGCAGGCUUUUAUACCUCUCACUAUGAACCUGUCAAUGGUGGUGAUACAGAAUACAUCCUAGUGACUCAGUUCGAGUCUGCAGAGGCUCGUUCUGCCUUUCCAUGCUAUGAUGAGCCAAAUAGAAAGGCAACCUUUGAUAUCGGCUUGACGGUUGAUAAAGAAGUUACUGCUUUAUCUAAUAUGCCCGUCCUAUCCUCUAAAACUCUCGACUCAGGCAAGAAAGGUCCUGGCUUUGACAAAACUUUGAAACACGUCCAGUUUGAAACCACUCCAAAGAUGUCCACGUACUUGAUUGCAUGGGCUGUGGGUAAGUUUGAGCACGUUGAAGCACAUACUCUCAAGCCUUAUCGUGGUAAAACUCUUCCUAUUCGUGUCUAUACCAUUCCCGGCCAAUCCAAAAAUGGACAAUUCGCACUUUCCGUUGCUCAGAAUGACGUUGACUUCUUGUCGAAGAUCUUUGAUGUCGAAUACCCAUUACCAAAGUUGGACCUUUUGGCUAUUCCUCAAUUUGGUGCAAAUGCCAUGGAAAAUUGGGGUAUGGUGACGUUCCGUGCCACAGCAUUAUUGUUCGACCCAGAAAGCUCUGAUGCAACUUAUCAGCAGAACGUUGCAUACGUGGUUUCUCAUGAAAUCGCCCAUUCUUGGUUUGGUAACUACGUCACCAUGAACUGGUGGUCGGAUCUUUGGUUAAACGAGUCCUUCGCUACCUUUGUCGGUUCUCUUUGCGUCGAGGAGAUGCAUCCCGAAUGGGAAACAUUCACUGAUUUUGUCACCAACGGUGUUGAAGUUGCACUGGACUUAGACGGUCUCAGGAACUCUCAUCCAAUCGAGGUCCGUGUUAACACAGCCAGUGAAAUUGAUCAGAUUUUUGAUCCUAUCUCUUAUCUCAAAGGUGGCUCCAUCAUUCGUAUGGUGGCAUCUACCGUUGGUGUUGACGUCUUCUUGAAAGGUGUUUCAAAGUACUUGAAGAAGUAUGCGUUUGGGAAUGCAAAGUCAGACGACUUAUGGGAUGCUGUUUCUACUGUGUCAGGACAAGACAUUACCACAUCGGUGGCUCCUUGGAUCAGGGCUGUUGGUUAUCCAUACAUUUCCUUUGAGAAAGUGGGAGAUAGUCAACUCUUGAUCUCUCAGAAGCGGUUCUUUUCUAGUGGUGAUGCCAAACCAGAAGAGGAUCAGAUUGUUUGGUGGAUUCCAAACGUUCCUGCAUUAGCAGACGGAAAAACCAAAAGUGCAACGGUUUCAUCAAACGGAUUCCUCAAAUUGAACAAGAAUACUGAAGGAUUCUAUAGAGUCAUUUAUGAAGAGUCGUUGUUUGACAAUAUCGUGGCUAAUUUGAAUAAGUUCAGUGCUGAAGAUAAGAUUGGAUUGAUCGCCGAUACUGCUGCUGGUGCACAGGCAGGAUUAAUGAAGACAUCACAGCUCCUUCAUUUACUUGAUUCUCUUAAGGACGAAAAAGACGUCAAUGUAUGGAUCGAAAUGAUUAAAAGACUUGGAAUAUUAAAGCAACUCUACUUUUCUGACACUAAGAUACUCUCUAAGCUUGUUGCGUUCUCUCGGAAUUUGUUUAAAGCCAGAUUCCAUCAGAUUUUUGCCGAACCAGUCGAAAAACUCUCUCUUCCCCAACUCAAGCUAAGAUCUAUGCUUUUUGCCGAGACUGGUGCUGCUGGUCUUGCUGAAACCAUCACCAAUGCUACCAAUUUGAUUCAGAGACAGUCAAUCGAACCAUCUUUGAAACUUGGAGUGUUCAAAACUCUUUUGGGCAAUAAAGAAACUUGUGAUCAAGAGACUUUAAAUGCUAUUCUAAAGGAAGCCAAGCAUCCUUCAUCCAUCGACUCUACAGAGAUCGCUUUGAAGGCAUUGGGAUCAAUUGGCAAUCCAGAUAAGUACUUGAAAGAUAUUUUGAGCCUUUACUUCUCUGAUUAUGUUCUUGAGAUGGAUUAUACGUUCCUAACGAUGUCAUUAGUGGAGAAUCCAGUCACCAAGGUCAAGUUCUGGAACUUUUUCAAAAAGAACUAUUCAAGAUUUAGAGAAGAGGUUGCCAUGUGGACUUUGGACAGACUUAUCAAGAACUUUUUGCCUCGUCUUGUUUCCAAAGAACUUUAUGAUGACAUUGACAGCUUCUUUUCUAAACAGGAUACCACUGGUUACACAAAGGGACUCCGUCAAAGUUUAGAUUCAAUCAAAAAUAGCUUGGCUUGGGAGAAACUAGCUAAGAAAGACGUCUCAGAAUGGCUAGAAGCUAAUGGAUACUAA